AUGGAAGUAACUGGAAUUCCUCCUGCCGUGACAAAGAGGCUCCUUGACUUCGUUCCCCAGGACUGCCGGCACUCUCUGCGUUUGACUUGCAAAUCUUGGGCUCAGGCUAUUGACCAGGUUGCUCCUCUUCCACGCCCUGCAGCGAAUGUCAUACCCUCCGAAAUUCUCUUGCAGAUUUUCUACCUACUGAGUCCUCGGGACUUCGAUAAUGCUCGACGGGCCUGCUCACAAUGGAUGCGUGCGAGUUUAAACGAACGUCUUCUUGAGAGGAUGCUCAAACGGGCAGGCUGGUGGGAUAGCUGGAAGUGGGAUAACCGGAACGCAAAUUCUAUGGAAUAUGGAGAGCAGAUCAAUGUGGAAAGAACUGGAUUCUUGACAACCAGUGUGGUAGAUUUCUCCCAGCUUUCCCAAGGAGAAUACCCCCCUGAUCCUCGACACCUUUCAGACUCUGCCGCAUACUCGAAAGAAUCCCUGGAGGAUGCGCCCUCCAUGUCGAGUUUUCAUGUCAGUACCUGCGGAAACUACCUGCUUGUAGUGGCAGGGUGUAUGAUUUACGUUUAUGAAUUACUCGCCAAGCGGUCUGGAAGCGCCGUGCCAGUAUCUGUGGAGGACCUGAAGCACCUGGACAUUGCUGCUGUUGCCUCUAUCGCAUGUCCUGUCGAAGUACUCUCAGCUACUAUCGACACUAGCACAUCCAUAUUCGUGGUUGCUGCAUUGCUGCAGAAUAGAGUAGGAAUGGUUUGUGAUCUGGUUCCGGCCGAUCGACGGGACAGUCUCAAAUCAACCGCAAUGGCUUACAAGGGUAUUGGUGUACGCCCUGGUCGCGUGUGUUCUAUGAAGAUGGCAGCUCGCCACUUCUAUUACGAUGUAUGCUCUGCAAAGGACCCACCACGCAGCAUCUCGAUCUGCCCUGGCCACCGUUGUGUUGCUUUUGGAGCCGGCUCUGGCAUUGAGCUGCGCUGGGUUGACGAACAGACCCAUCGAGACUGUCGAAAGCAUUUCCCCAUGUCGCAGCCAUCGGAGAUUUUGCAUUUUCUGCCAAACCGGCCAGACACUCCGUUAGAAUUCCGACUCAUCUCCUCACUGGCUGGACCAGGGGUGUCAGGCUGCGGGUGCCAGCAUCUUCCUUAUGGAGAAACGCGUCCCUCUUGCCCAUUCCAUGUCAUGAAUGAUGUUCAAACCUUUAGCAGCUGGGCACCAGAGCAGAAAGACCGUGUUGGUUUGGUCAGAGCUACACAAUGCCACCAUUACAGCGCCAUCCCUGUGAACGACGGUCUUCACGUGUUGUUCAUCGAACCACGCAGCGGUCUUCUCUGUAUCGGAUCCGAUGCCCCGAUUGACGGGCCUACUAGCUUGACGCGUGCCCUUAUCUGUGUUCCACCCUUUGGGAUCGACGCAUCAGACACGAAGGAAACGCCAGUCCCCACAGUCUUUACCGCAGGUUCGGACCUGAACUGGGGACUUCGCGUGGUUGCCGCCUACGGGGACCGCAUCGUUCUCUAUUCUGUUCCGCUUGAUGUCUUCAACGUGAUCCGAAAGGAGCGCAAGAGACAAGGUGAUGGCGUCAUGGCCGACAGCGAUCUCGCUCGCGACUUCUUCCUCAACCACCAGCUAUCUCAAAAACGCCGAGGGAGUCUAGCCCAGAACCAGAAUGGAGACUGGGAGUUUCUUCUCAGUAUCAGAUACCGCCCUACUGCUAUGAUGUGGCCGUUUAAGAUCUACGGCAAGGAGAUCGGUCGAGUCGACAAUGUAGUGGAGCUAGCACUGCAAUCUUCUCAUGGUGGUGCUCGUGUUUGGGCGUUUGGUGCAUCAGGCGAGGCCAGCAUCCUUGACGUCGACACCCUCUCGUCUGUUUCGCAGCAAGUGUCGGAUAUCCCAUGCAAAUCGUUCUCCAUUGGCGCUGACGGAUGCAUCGCAUCUGCACAGCUAGUGAAUCGGUCCGAGUCCGAACACGGCCUCCCUCUCCUUGGAUCCUCGCGCAAGCGAAAGCAGUGCGAGCCACGGGCAGAUUUUACCGGCCAGCAUAUGCUGCGUCAACACAACAGUCUGUUUCUUGAUGGACACGAGCCAUCAUCUUCCAGUGUCUUAAGCAGUACUAGCACGCGCCGGGCAUCUUUCUCUGCUUACAUUGUUGAUUUUAAAAUUCCCGAACUUGAAGGCCGAUGGAUGGAAACUGAAGCCGUCUACUAA